UUUUUAUUUGUAAGUGGGAUGUAUCUAUUAAUUUAAUUAAUUAAUUUUAUAAAAUAAAUUGUUUUAAUGCCUUAAUAAAAAAAUCUGCAUAGCACAAAAACUAAUAAAUUCUUUAAUCCAACACAGUGUUCUGGCAAAUACAUUCAAGUGUAGUAGAUGUGGCAGUGAUUUAAUGAAGAGACAUUUCAAAUUUCAUGCACAUUUUUAUCGCAGCACAUGCUCAGUUUGCUACAUUACGCCGAGAUGACAGGUAUUCUAACCUGUACAAUCGCCAACUUUAACGCUUGAUAUCUCGGUUCGUGGGGCAGAGCGACAUUUUUUCCGCUAGAUUCGUUCAUUUUGAUUGAAAACGCGUCGAAUGAGCAUAAUUUCGUCAAAAUCGAAGGUGCAGUCCGUAUUCUGAACAAUUAUCAAUACCUGAUAUUGUACUGAAUUACUUUUUGAAAUUUUUUGUAUAUUUUUCAAAAAGAGCCAUUCAAGCUAGACAAUUACGUACAUAAUCCCCAGGUACAAAAAAGAGAUAUUAGAACGCAAUCUUUGAUAGGUGAUGUCAAACAGAUUUGGUCACGAACACUCGCUGUGUUAACCGGUAUUAGUGACGAUGAUGAAUGGCACCCACGUGAAGAUUUUGGACGGCGGCUUCUCUGGACAGCUGUCGCGGCAUGUGGGCACUAAGAUCGACGGCGAUCCGCUAUGGACGGCACGCUUCCUCAAGACCAAUGUCAAUGCUGUACAUACCACGCACUUGGACUUUUUACGCGCUGGCGCCGAUAUUAUCGAGACUAACACCUAUCAAGCGUCGUUACCUGGCAUGAUGAGAUAUUUGAAUACAAGCGAACGUGAAAGUUUAGAUCUAUUCACCACGGCCGUGAGCUUGGCUAAGAGAGCUGUAGAGGAAUAUGCCCGAGAAAAGCACAUUUCUCCUGAGCAGAGACCUUUAAUCGCUGGAUCUUGCGGUCCUUAUGGCGCUUACCUGCACAACGCAUCUGAAUAUACCGGUUCUUAUGGAAAGAAUAUGUCCCAGCAAGAACUGAUGGACUGGCACAGACCGCGCGUUAAGGCAUUACUAGACGCGGGUGUCGAUCUGCUAGCUCUGGAAACUAUACCCUGUAUCAAAGAAGCAGAAGCCUUACUGAAGUUGCUGAAAGAGUAUCCACACGCUCGUGCCUGGCUCUCGUUUUCAUGCCGAGAUGAUAAGUUCAUAUCGGACGGCAGUGUAUUCCAGGAAAUGGCUGUGCACUGUUACCGCACCCUGCCAUUGCAGAUUAUCGCGGUCGGCGUGAACUGCAUUGAUCCCAGGCAUGUGACUCCCUUGUUGAAAAAUAUUAAUGCAAACGCGUCGUCGAAGCAGGAUUUCAUUCCUCUGGUAGUGUAUCCCAACAGAGGCGGAAGCUGUUCGGCGACCGGUGAAUGGACUGCGGUUCCAGAUGAUCAUUCCCUUAAUCUGCCCAUAUCAGAAUGGUUGGACCUGGGGGUUCGUUACAUCGGCGGUUGCUGCAAGAUUUUCGCGGAGGACAUUAAAACGAUUCGAUCAGAAGUGAUUCGAUAUCAAGCAAGAUUUAUCUCAUAAUAAAUUAAAUCUUUUAUACUCUCUAAGAAACAUUUUACGUAUAUUACAAUACACGAUUGCGCUAUAGUUACUACGUUGAUAAAUCGAUAUACACACACACGCACGCACACACACACACACACACACGCACACACACACACACACACACACACACAUUUAUUGUUUUUAUUUUCUAAUAAACUUUGUAAACAUAUUUUAUAAGUUAGGAUGCCGUCACAUGUGGCGUUUAAUACACAGCAAUGUAUUGGGUCAUUAAUAAGCGAUUGAUUAGCAGCGGUUGAUUAUAAUUCGUUCUUGCUUUGAUAUUUAACCAAUUACAUAUUAAAUUGAUAAUAAAUUUAAAAUAUGUUAAUUGAAAAUU